AUGGCGACUACUUCUGGGGCUGUAACAGGCCCUGCUCCAGUCACUGAGCGAAAGGAUGGUGACAUUUCAAUCACGCAGCGCAUGGUUUCGGCCACAGGCGGUAGCAUCCUGACGGCUUUACUAGCAACUCCUCUUGACGUCGUCCGUGUCCGACUUCAAUCACAAUCUUCCGUUCAAAAUGCAUCCCCCUACACAUCUCACACAACUCAGACGCUAAAACACUUGCCACCGAAUCUGGGAGUAACUGCUUGUUGCCGCGAAGUGUUCUGGUUCGGUCAGGAUCCACAAGUGUGUAUGGUAGGUCCAGGCGCCGGGACCAUUGGAAACUCUGCGCCGUCCGUAGCGGACUGUGCAGUCGAAGAAACGCAGCGCAGGACGUUUACCUCCACUUUGGAUGGCCUACGCAAGAUCGCCCGGAAUGAAGGAACUCUGGCACUUUGGCGUGGACUUAGUCCCACGUUGAUGAUGAGCAUUCCUGCCAAUGUCAUCUACUUUGCUGGAUACGAUUGGUUACGUGCCGACGAAAAAAGUCCCAUCAAACGAUUCUUUCCCGCCGCCUACGCACCCUUAGUUGCCGGUUCUGUCGCGAGAAUCGCCGCUGCGUCAGCUAUCAGCCCGAUUGAGAUGUUUCGGACGCGUCUGCAGGCCACACCCGGUACGGGUGCAGGGCAUUUCAAGGCGACGUUGGAGGAUCUGCAUCAAAUGACCCAGGUGCAUGGCUAUAGGGCUCUCUGGCGCGGAUUGACACUCACAAUGUGGCGCGAUGUUCCAUUUUCCGGAUUAUACUGGUGGGGAUACGAGGAAUGCAAACGCUAUCUUCUCGAUCUGCGCAGGGAAGCCUACAACCAUCAUCUCCUGCCUCAUGCUUCGUCCUCGGCUCUUCAACAUGAUCUAGAUACCCCGACUUUUCUCGAAAGCUUUCUAUCUGGCGCAUUGUCAGGUUCUCUGGCGGCAUUCGUUACCACUCCAUUUGACGUUGGCAAAACGCGUCAGCAGGUGUUCCGACACAUGGGUGAUGGCGGUCCAAGCAGUUUGCGAGGCAGCGUAGCGCCUGAAACACUUCGACCUGAGCAGCUGUCUCUGCCUAAAUUUCUUAUGCACAUCUUCCGUGAAGAAGGCAUGGCAGGCCUUUUCCGCGGUUGGGUUGCGCGUUGCUUGAAGGUAGCGCCUGCUUGUGCUAUCAUGAUUUCCACGUAUGAACUUGGAAAGAAGAUGGCACGGGGCGUUAACGAGAGACGACAGUUGGCCGAUGAAGCUCAUUCCGACUCCGUAUAA